AUGCUGGCACCAGUUCCGGCAUUUCCAGACUCCACCCCUUUCAUCUACACUCUUCCAAAGGGGAUCGUCAUGCUAGCGUUGAUUCCGUUUGUCUAUAUAGGAUACCGUAUUUGUAGGACCGUUUUUGCCCUGCUUCAUGCAGUCUUGAUCUACCUAGUGGCUCCACUUUUCUAUUCUCCAAAUCUUUCUCGGUACCAGAACAGAUGGACAGUCGUUACCGGAGGAACAGAUGGUAUUGGCAAAGCUUACACUCUGGAGCUCGCUAAACGUGGUCUUCGAAAAUUUGUGUUAAUUGGCAGAAGUCAGGAGAAACUGAACGACAUCAAAACUCUACUGGAGCUCUCCUACAAAUGCCGGGUGAAAACCUACGCGUUCGACUUUGCCAAGGACGAUUUCGAUCAGCUGCGAGAGUAUAUCUCGGACAUAGAUGUCGGGUUUGUAGUGAACAGUGUGGGAGUCGGGCGUGAGAAUCUGGAACGCUACGGGGACAAACCCGAGGAAGAUCGGGAGAUUCUGAAAAUUAAUGCAUUGGGAUCAGCUGAGUUUUUAUCGUUGGUCCUUCCUUCGAUGGAAAAAUCUGGAGGAGGUCAGAUUGUUGUGCUCUCCUCAUCGCAAGGAUAUCGGCCUAUUCCGUUCUUAGCUUCAUACUGCGCUUCUAAGGCAGUGAUGUCUUUCCUAUGCGAAGCUAUCGAUCGGGAAUACAAAACGAUUUCUGUGCAAUGUCUGACUCCUGCACUUGUGGCCACGAAAAUGACUUACUAUACCAAAGGCUCACUGUUCGUCGUCACCCCGGAAGACUUUGCGGAACGAGCGGUGAACACCAUUGGUCUCACGAAAAAGACAAGUGGAUGUUUUAACCAUGAAAUUCAGAUGCUGCUCCGGCACUUGUUCCCAUGGAGUGUGCUCAAGUACCUGAUUAUGCCAAUCUACUACUACCACCGAAGGCGCAUGUGCAACAUUCACGCCGACUCGGCGAAGAAAGCAAUGCUCACUCGUUCUUCUGCCAAAGCAUGAGAUUCUCGGUUUUCAUUGAAAUUAGAAGAAAGCGAAAUUUUUUUACGGGUCUCAGCAU